AUGACGGACGUAGAUAUUGCCUCCAACUCUCACUGGCAAGAAAUUUUGGACACACUUCAACUAUUUAAAUCAGUUGCAGAAAUAGAUACUCAUGAUAUUGAAGGGAAAGAGAUGGUAAGUCUAAAAAUGUGGGAGGCAUUCUAUUAUACUUAUGCAAGAUGGAAAGGUUUCAGUCCUAGAAUUGACGAUACAAAAUCCAGGAAAAGUGAUGGAGAAAUAUACAUUCGACGAUGGGUUUGUAACAAAGAAGGUUUUCGGAACGAGAAAUUUUUGAACAUGCCAGACAGGAAGAAGCGACCAAAAGAAAUAACACGUUGUGGGUGUCAAGCUGCGUUACGAAUCCUUCGGUUACAAAAAACAAAUCUUUGGCGGUGUCAAGAAUUUGUACCAUUUCAUAAUCAUGAUUUGGUAAUACCAUCACAAAUGCAAUUCACUCGGGCAAACCGCGAGGUUCCUGAAGCAGUAGCUGCACAAGUAAUUAGCAUGAAUAGAUGUGGUAUCAAAACUUCUUCCGUUGUAGCACAUAUUGCCCUACAAUCUGGAGGGUAUGACAAUCUUCCUUUCCAACUAAGAGAUGUGUACAACAAAGUGGCUAGUUUAAGAAAGCAAGAGAACAUAUCAAGUGAUGCAGAAGGUACAUUGGGUUUCUUAGACGGCUUAUCAUCAAUGGAUCCUGAAUUUUACGUCGAGUACAAGAUUGAUGACGAAAAUCGAUUAGCAUUCCUUUUUUGGGCUGAUGGUAUGAGUAGAAGAGACUACAUGUUAUUCGGGGAAGCUAUUGCUUUUGAUACAACAUACCGCACCAAUAAGUAUAAUAAGCCAUUGACUGUAGUUGUUGGCGUCAAUCACCAUUUUGAAACUUGUGUGUUCGGUUGCGCAGUUUUACUUGAUGAGACGGAAGACGCUUAUAUUUGGUUCUUGAGGGUAUUCCUUGAUUGCAUGGGCAACAAAAAACCAAAAGUAGUCCUCACUGAUAAUGAUGAAAGGAUGGGAUUCGCAAUCAGACAUUUGUUACGAGACUCUACCCAUCGACUUUGUGCAUGGCAUCUAGGGAACAAUGCCACAAAGAAUAUUAAGAUUCCAGAUUUCAACAAAGGCUUCUUUGACUUAAUAUACAACUACUACACAGUGGAAGAGUUUGAAGAAAAAUGGGCCGCUUUGUUGGCACAGUUCGGCCUUGAAGAAAAUUCUUGGUGUCGUACUAAAUACAACACACGUGGUCAAUGGGCAGAGACGUUCUUAAGAGGGGUUUUCUAUGGAGGCAUGCGAACAACCCAAAGAUGUGAGUCUAUGAACAAUGUACUCAAGAGAUUCUUACUUGCUAAUUACGAGUUUACGAGAGUUUGUUUCACAAAUUACCCAUGCUAUUGGCACAAUGCGCCAUAA